UGAGCAGGUAGCAUCAACAUCGGUUUCUACACUACCUGUGCCGCAGUUAAGCCCCUCCUCCCCAGCCUUCACCGUCAGUGCUGUGACUGUGCGUCACGUAUUGCCCGGGGAGUGAGAGAAGCGCCGUGGCCGCACACAGACAUGAAGAUCAAGGAUGUAAAGGCUCCGUCCUUUCCAUGGUUUGGCAUGGAUAUUGGUGGAACUUUGGUAAAGCUUGUUUAUUUUGAACCCAUCGAUAUCACGGCAGAAGAAGAACAAGAAGAAGUUGAAAGCUUGAAGAGCAUUCGUAAAUAUCUGACGUCCAAUGUCGCCUAUGGUUCCACAGGCAUCAGAGAUGUUCAUUUGGAGUUGAAAGACUUAACUCUUUUUGGUAGAAGAGGAAAUUUACAUUUUAUUCGCUUUCCAACUCAAGAUCUCCCUACAUUCAUUCACAUGGCCAGAGAUAAGAAUUUUUCAACGUUGCACACAGUCUUGUGUGCAACAGGAGGUGGUGCUUAUAAGUUUGAAGAAGAGUUCCGAAUGAUUGGGAAUCUUCAGCUACACAAAGUGGAUGAACUUGAUAGCCUUGUUAAAGGUUUGCUGUACAUAGACUCGCUCAGCUUUAACGGGCAAGCAGAGUGUUAUUAUUUUGAGAAUGCCUCUCACCCAGAAAGAUGCCAAAAGAUGCCUUUUAACCUUGAUGAUCCAUAUCCUUUACUGGUUGUGAACAUUGGAUCUGGAGUCAGCAUCCUUGCAGUUCAGUCCAAAGAUUCUUAUAAAAGAGUUUGUGGCACAAGCCUAGGUGGUGGGACAUUUCUUGGCCUCUGCAGUUUACUGACCGGCUGUGAAAGUUUUGAAGAAGCUUUAGAAAUGGCCUCAGCUGGGGACAGCACCAACGCUGAUAAAUUAGUCCGGGACAUAUAUGGUGGAGACUACGAAAGAUUUGGACUCCCUGGUUGGGCGGUUGCAUCCAGUUUUGGGAACAUGAUUUAUAAAGAUAAGCAGGAAUCAGUCAGUAAGGAAGAUCUGGCUCGUGCCACUUUGGUGACCAUAACAAAUAACAUUGGAUCAAUUGCAAGAAUGUCUGCUGUUAAUGAGAAAAUAAACAAAGUUAUUUUCGUUGGCAAUUUUCUCCGAGUUAAUACACUUUCUAUGAAGCUUCUCGCAUAUGCACUGGAUUAUUGGUCGGAUGGCCAGCUCAAAGCAUUGUUCUUGGAACAUGAGGGUUACUUUGGUGCAGUUGGUGCUCUCCUAGGAAUGCCGAAUUUCUCCUAACUUUGCAUUACCUUCAUGUGUUUGUUCAUUCUACCUGUGAAUUCUUUUUUUUUUUUUAAAUCCAUCUAUGGGUACCAAAGGAUAAAAUGCCACAGUUUCUUCAUUCAUUGUGAGCUGCUUAAUGAGACCAAGGAAGAUUGACAGUGAGCCUGUUUUAAUCUACAUCCAACCUCACAACACAAAUGUGUUUAAAAAUAUUCUUGUUUCCUCAUUAUAAAUGAAGUUGUGUGUAUAUAGAGCCAGUAUUUAACAGAAGAAUAUUUAUCAAAGCCCAGCUAUUUUUAUGCCUAUAAAUGCUGCUUUCUUUUGUUCUCCAUCAUCUGCAGAUUCAUCUAAUUCACUACAGUACGUGGCUUCUGUUGUUUCUUCUGCAGUGGUCGCUCUCUUUAAAAACUGGCAUAUCGUAAAUGCCUGUCCUAAAUGUUUAAUUUUUUUUUUUUAAUGCAAUUGCUGUUUCUUAAAGUUCCAUGUUUUAACCUGAUGGGUAUGAUAUGACAAUUUUGUCUUCUGUCUGAUGUGUUCAUAGCAAAUCCCUUCAACAUCAGCUAUGUAAUGGCCUGUCGGUUGACCGAUUUGAGGUUUUUCCAGAUCAAAUUUCUACAGAAUACGGCAGAUGGUUUCUUGGUUUCACUUAAGGUGGCCAUACACACUGCCGAUAUCGGUCAUUUAGACCAAUUUGACAUCUUAUCUGCCCGUGUAUGGGGGCUUCCGACGGGUCUUCCCGAUCAAUAUCUGGCCACGAUAUCGAUCGGUAAGGUUUUGAUUUUUUUUUACCGGCCCGUCGGAGCCCCUUGGCGUAUCGUAAUUUGAUCGUUCGGCCGAACGUUCGAAUUACCCCCGAUAUAGCCAUGCCGUUAGUGGCAUAUCGGGGAAAGAUCCGCUCGUUUGGCGAUGUCGCCAAACGAGCGGAUCUUUGAGUCUACGGCCAGCAUAAGUGAAACACGUUUCCAUAAAAUCUAAUUGGUUUCUUAAUAUAAUGAAUCUUAAACAUUUUAAAUCACACCAAGGCAUUCCAUUUAUUGAUAUGAUGUUGCUGCCAUGUUGGACAGUUAUUUAUAGGGCUGCCUCGAAUCCACUUUUUUGGAUUCGGCCGAAUCCUUUGUGAAAUAUUCGUCCGAAUACCGAACCAAAUCCAUCUUCUAAUUUGCAUAUGCAAAGUAGAGGAGGGAAAGGAAAAAGUUUUUUACUUCCUUGUUUUGUGAUGAAGUCACGCGAUGACCCUUCCUGCCCCUAAUUUACAUAUGUAAAUUCGGAUUCAACGAUUCAGCCGAAUCUUGCUGAAAAACGCAGAAUCAGUGCAUCCCUACUUAUUAUGCUAAAGUACCCCUUGUUGGAAAAUAUGAGGAUAUUAGAAGUAACCUCGGAGUCACCAACUCCUCGGGGUCUUAUAAUAUGCCAUAGCAAUGUAGUGGAGCAGGGUUGUGCCUGCCACAAGUACAUAAAUAUAUACUGUAUAUAAUGUGUACAUAAUCUGUACCUUUUUUUUUUUUUGUAAAUCAAUUAAUACAAAAUGUAAAUGCAGCAGUUUUGACUUGUUAAGAAAAAAAAACCAGUUGGUGGGGGUCUAAAGAAGUGAGACACUAAAGCAGAAUAUAAUGAAAUCAAACAUUGCUCUGCCAUUGGUGGAAAUGACGCUGUUGGAAGGUUGAUUCACUUGCCUUUGAUGUACUGUAUUUGUUUAUAAGCUUAAUAGCAUUAUAUGAGGACUGUGAUUGAGCUGAAAUGUUAUCUGACCGUAUCUGUGUCCUUAACGUGUGCCAUAACCUUGCUGAAAUAAAGGUGGCUUUAUGGGUAGUUGCACAUGGCUGCUGAACAGUGUGAACCCAAAGGCCUUCUAACUGGAAACUGUAUAAGUGAAGUGAAUUGCAGAUAUUGUUAUAUGAAGUUAUCAUUUUACUUAGACGAGCCAAACUGUUUUUUUUUUUUUGUUUGUUUUUUUUAAAAAGAAGUUAGCUUUUUUUAAAGUUAAAAACUGUUAUUUUUAUUAACAGUCUUAAUAAAACCUAAAGUUCA